GGAGUGGGUUGGAUUCGAUUUUAUUGAGGAGUUUGAAUGAAAUAAUAAUCAAUGUAGAAAGCGUCCUUCACCGUAAAGGUUGGUCUAGAAGUGUUAUCACUUGGUUCAUAGUGGUUUGAUGUUGCUGUGAUCCAGGAAUACUGCAGAGUACUUAAUCUACCCAGGUUUUGUAUAACAAAUGGGGAUGAAAACAUGUUUCCGCUGGUCAGCUUUCAUCUCGGCCUGUCUGGCAAUGCUGUCCCUAGUCAUCGUUGCAAAUUAUUUUGAUCUCAUUUUUACUUUUCCUCAUCGGCGUCCCAUUAAUUCUUCCGCGCCUCGGAUUCGUGAACGUGGUAAACAAGACAAAUUCUUGCAAGACAACUCUAGGCGAAGGGAACUCAAUGGAACCUUUAAUCAUAUCCCGUUGGAUAACCCGGGACAACAAGCUAUGAUAAAACAUGACCCAAACGCCCCUCCUGUACACCACGUGGCUUUUAUUAAGGUCCACAAGGCAGCUAGUACAAGUAUACAGAAUAUCUUCUAUCGCUAUGGUUAUCACAACGACCUUGUUAUGGUGCAGCCUGUUCGCACGACCGGUACCAAGUGGUUCCUUCCGGUUGAACGAGAAAUGUUUCUUCCACCUCCACGAGGUCAAACAAGCUUUGACAUAAUGUCUAUUCAUGCUACCUACAACAGAAAAGCAUUUGAAACAAUCCUUCCGAAAGACUCCGUGUAUAUAGGGAUCGUACGAGAACCCUUUAAACAAUUUGCAUCAUGUGUUAAAUAUUAUCAUCUGAAUAAGAUACUGAGGAUUCCAGGAAGCAACCCAGUGAGGAAAUUUCUCUUGGAUGCCAAAGAUCAAAUGAAUUUGUCGCCUAAUCCCAGGGUAUUCAAUACACAAUCCCGUGAUUUAGGAUUCCCCGUGAAAUAUAUGUUCCCUUACAAUGAAUAUAAGUUCAGUAACUUUCUUCAACAGUUGGACAGAGAGCUCGAUCUUGUCUUGGUGGUUGAGCGAUUCGACGAGUCUGUGGUCUUACUGAGACGUCUUUUGAAUUGGGAAGUCAAGGAUGUUAUAUUGGCAUCACUGAAUAGCAGAAUCAGUCAUCCUCGUUUACAUUUUGGUGCCACCGAGGAGAUGCUUCUCAAACAAAUAUCUCUCCAUGAUUAUGCUUUGUAUGAUUUCUUUGCAAAGAAAUUGCAGGACAAAAUAGAUCAGCAACCACACGAUUUUAAUGAUGAACUUGUGCUUUAUAAGCAGAUUAAAAUAAAAUAUCACAAAUUUUGUCUAUCAAUACAAAAACAAGACUAUACUGUAGUUAAAGUUUUAUCGUUCGAGAGAAGCGCUUGGAGCAAGCCUUUCAAUGUCACAACCAAUGAUUGUGCCUUAUUGCAUAUGAAUGAAAGACAAUUUUCUCAAAUGUUAAAACUUAAAAUGGGACAUUCUAUAACAAAAUAAAUAGGAAUGAGAACAUGAAAUCAUAAAUGAAACGUCAUUUAUAGCAGCAUUGAUGACACACCGAUCUACCUGAACAAUGAAUAGCAUUAAAAGGUAUGUCUUAAUUGCCAUGUCGGUAUGCUCUGCCAUGACUUACAUGCGUAUUACAUGAUAUUUUAACAUACUUAUAUCUGUACGUUAACCUCAUAAACGUUGUAUUAAAGAUAUCAUUUAUGAUUGUAUUAAAGAUAUUAUUUAUGAUUGUAUUAAAGAUAUUAUUUAUGAUUGUAU